GAGUGCUGCUGUCUCGCGGCGUUUGGAGAUCUUGCAGGCGCGCUGUAUGGAUGCUGAAGCUUUGGCGCUGCUGUAAACGCGACACGGAAUCAACAUGUCCAACCCUCCGCACGACCCGUUCUACUCGUCCCCUUUCGGACCGUUCUACCGGAGACAUUCACCGUACAUGGUGCAGCCCGAGUACAGAAUCUAUGAGAUGAACAAACGACUCCAGUCCCGGACAGAGGAGAGUGAUAGUCUGUGGUGGGAUGCAUUUGCUACAGAGUUCUUUGAGGAGGACGCUACAUUGACCGUUGCCUUCUGCCUGGAGGAUGGACCAAAAAGAUACACAAUCGGGCGGACCCUCAUCCCUCGUUACUUCAGCACGGUAUUUGAGGGUGGUGUGUCAGACCUCUACUACAUCCUGAAACACUCCAAAGAGUCCUUCCACAACAACUGCAUCACUGUAGACUGCGAUCAGUGCACCAUGGUAACGCAACACGGCAAGCCCAUGUUCACCAAGGUGUGUACGGAGGGCCGGUUGAUUUUGGAGUUCGCUUUCGAUGAUCUGAUGAGGAUCAAGACGUGGCACUUCAACAUCAGACAGUAUCGGGAACUUAUCCCACGGAGCAUUCUCGCAAUGCAUGCACAAGACCCUCAAGUCCUGGAGCAGCUCUCAAAAAACAUCACCCGCAUGGGACUGACCAACUUCACCCUUAACUACCUCAGGUUGUGUGUCAUUCUGGAGCCGAUGCAAGAGCUAAUGUCCCGACACAAGACCUACAACCUCAGCCCGAGAGACUGUCUAAAGACCUGUCUGUUCCAGAAGUGGCAAAGAAUGGUGGCCCCUCCAGCUGGACAUCCACAGAACUUCAAAACGGAAAUUUUCCCCUCGAAUCACAAAAAAGAGCCCACUCGACAGACCACGACCAAGAGAAGAAAGAGGAAGAACUCUGCCAGCAAUGCGUCUAACAGUAGCCUUGGCAACAGCGCUGGCGGCAAGAAACGCAGCCCUGCCAACAACUUCAAUCUGACCAGCCAGGUACCUGAUGUGAUGGUGGUAGGUGAGCCCACUCUGAUGGGCGGGGAGUUUGGCGAUGAGGACGAGCGUCUGAUCACUCGGCUAGAAAACACACAAUACGACGCCACCAACGGCCUGGACGAUGACGACGACUUCACAAGCUCGCCGGCGCUCGGCAACAAUGCUCCCUGGAACAGCAAGCCGCCCACAGGACAAGACAGCAAGCCAGAGAGUACGGCCUCGCAGCCCUCUCAGUAGGAGACAACAUGCGCAAUGCUUUCUCUCUGACCUCACUUUUUACCCUCGAUGAUGUAAAUCCCAAGUCAUGGUGUCAAUGAUGUCAUCCAUUUUCACCAGAAACUGAUGGUUCCACUUCUUAUUUGGGGUAACGUUUAAGAACUUCACAGACCAAACUUUGGCAGCAAUAUUUGCUCACUGGAUUUUUUCGAAAUCAUCUAGCUAGGCUACAGAGCAUCGUGAGAAAUGUGACUUUAGGAGGAACUUGAUUUUAUCGAGGCUGAGUGAGCAAUCUGAAUUAACAGAGACCUGAAUUUGGGACAACUUUAGCCCAAUAAUCAAUGUAAAAAAGCUACCUGUCUCGUAGUUCAUCACACAUCUCCAUAGUGACACCAGCUGGCAACCACACUCGAUAUCAACCAAUCGCUGAAGAGACGGUCAUGUUGACUGCCUUCUCACUGGAGACUGGAACUGCAGAGGCACCCACUGAGACCAAUCCCUGAACAUUUGCAUUUUUAUUGGAAAUUCGUUUGGCUAUUGUCUUUUUCUCUCUGCUUUCAAUUAAAAGUGAACUUCAACACAACUGACUACAUUAACAAAGACAGCUUGCAUUGAAAACAAACAAAAAAAGCAUUGCCAGUAGCCAUUUACAGAUUGUACUUUAAUUCAAAAAUUCCUAUUUGAUUUCUGAGUCAAUGUGUGAUUUCAAUCAUUUGUGAUUUUUCUGUAUUCUCAUUGUACUGUACCAUAGGGAUUAGGGGUUUAUUUAUGGACAGGCAAGCACAUAUGAAAAGCAAAUUUGUCCAUCUUUCGCCUCUUUCCCUGUAUUGACUUCUUUUCAGAAUGGAAUAUGAUAUGUUUCUGCAUGACAUUUUGAAAUCGGUAAUAUGUUUAUUUCCAGACUUUUGAGGUCAUGUUGGACUUUGGUAAUCAAUUUGGAAGCACAGUAACCAGGGUUGUGACUUUGACAAUAAAAAUGCAUUCUGCUUCAUCUGAUGUCACUGAAGUCAUCAGACCUUGAUGUAAACGGCAGCUGUUUUGACGUUUACUACUUGUUGUUUGACUUCUUUUUUUUUUUUAUCUGAUAAUAACAGAUAAUUUCAUACUCCGGAAUGAACACCAUACUGAGAAAUGAGAACAUUAAAUAUAGCUUACUGUAAAUCCAAUCACAAAUAUACUGUUCAUUAGUUUGUAUGAGUUUAAAUAACAUUCAUCGUGUAUAGCUUCACCCUACUUUUAAAAGGAAAACAGCCUUUUUAUCUAAAAUUCAUCAUUCUAAAAAAUGCAACGAAUGCCCUUCUAGCAAAUCAUGUGAACAGGUUUAUACAGCUUUAUGUCAUUUCUGUAGCUAGAGACACACUGUUUUUACAAAAAAAAUUUCAUGUACUGUCCACUGGAUUUGAAAACGUUUCUUAAAGGCCCUUUAAGAGUUGUGGUGUGCUUUAAUGAUUGAAAAGAAUAUUACAGUGGUGAUGAUGAUGAUGAUGAUGAUGACAAACAGCCAAAUAUUUUUUUUAAUUAAUCAGUUUCUUUGUUCCUGUGUUUUGUCAUUACAAAACAUAUUUCCUGAAUAUUAUCGCAAAGCCUAAGAUAUUUCCAAAACCAACAAAAUGACAAAACACAAUAUCAGCCACCCACUGUUUAAACCUUGUAUUACUGAAACUCUGCACAGUUUGUAAAAUAUUUAGCAGAGCUGUUUCUUGUGUCAUAUCCAAAGUCUUGUAUGUAUGCUUUGCCAUUUUGU